CUCUCUAUCUCCUUCCCUCACUCUAUCUCAUUCCCUCACUUUAUCUCCUUCCCUUACUCUAUAUCCUUCCCUCACUAUCUCCUUCCCUCACUAUCUCCUUCCCUCACUCUAUCUCUUUCUCCCUCAGCUCUCCCUCCUCCCUCUCUCCGCGGCAAUGGCGCCGGUGAGCGAGGGCAAGGCCCUGGCGCUGGGCCUACUGGCCGGCAUCGGGGCGGCCGGCCUCACGCUGGCCAUGGCGGCCUGGUACCGCCGGAGGAGAGAGGCCGAGGGCAGCUUCGGGGGAUGGAGCGGGUUGCCGGGCCGGCCGUGGGCGCCGAGGCAGAGGCAGAGGCAGGGGCAGGACGACGUGGCGGACAAGUUGGACGGGCUGAUCCGCAGCCUGGAGGAGCUGAAGAGCGAGGUGAUGAGCCUGAAGGAGACGGUGCCCCGGGUGUACAGGGAGCUGGGCCAAGCUGGGACCGCCCGCGGAGCCAGAAAGAGAAGCAGCCCCGGACACACGGCUUCCAGGAAGAGGAAGAAAGUCGAGUGGGGCUCGGACGAUGGCGCCGCCGAUGUUGCAGCCACCGGACAAGCCUCCCUGAGCUCCGAGGAGGUGGAGAGUGAAAGAGGUUAUAUCACAGCGCACACAGAUACAGAAGAUUCUGAAGAAGACAAAUUGAAACAUUGCACUGCAAAUUCUGCAUCUGAAACUUCAGUGAGAGGUGCGCACGAGGGGAGUGGGACCAAUGAUUUUGAUCUUCUGAUGCAGAAAGCAGAUACAUUGCAUGGUAGUCUCAUGGCAGAGAAGAAUGAAGGAUAUCUGUUACUGCUUGAAAAAAAAGACCAGUUCCGGGACCAGGUAAAAGACAAAGUAGUCCUUUUUGCUAAUUAUGAUGAUGAAUUGACCCUACAUACUUUCAAUGUGAAGACCGCUUCCACUCAUGAGUGGGCUGCAAUAAUCAAUGUGCAACACUCCUGCUGGCCUUUGGGUAAAGAGUUAGCAUUGGAUGCAGUUAAUCUAGGCCCCGAGAGUGCUGAUAGUCACAUGUGGCUUGCAAUUAUUUUUGGCCAUCUUUCAGGGUACGGAAGUGUACAGACCAAAAUCAAGUACGGCUUUCUGUUUAAGGAACAUAUAGAUAAAGCAAUUGAACUGAGGCCACAAGAUCCCAAAUUGUUUUAUCUUCUAGGAAGAUGGUGCUAUGCAGCUUCGCAGUUGUCAUGGAUUGAAAGAAAAGUAGCUGCAGCCUUGUUUGGCGAGCCACCAAAUUCAACCAUACAAGAUGCGUUGCAAUGUUUUCUCAAGGUAGAGGAAAUACAAACAAGGUAUUCCAAAGAUAACUGUGUUUACUUGACAAAGUGUUACAAAGAACUUGGACAGAACACUAAUGCGCAGAUGUGGUGUGACAUGGCAGUUUCCUUUCCUGACAUUAUAGAGGAACAAGAAACUCAAGAAGAAUUUGAAACUCUUGUCUCCAUCCUCAAGCAGUGAAUUGUAUUGCUUUGCAACGAUUGUGAAAGUUGUUUAUAUAUUUGGAUAACUGCAUUGUAGUUUUUUCUUGUUGAAAUGGACACAAUAGGUUACAUUGAAAACCAGCACUGAGGAUCACUUCUUUAUUGAAUUUUGCAUUGUAGAUUUAUUUAUUGAAUCAUGUGAAAUUUGCUGAUUCUGCACCUAACCUGGUGAAAAUAUAAAACACAUUAUUUUACCCAUGGUAAAAUAAACAAUUAAAACAAUAAUUAUGGAUUAUAUCUACAAAUAAUUUUGCUUUGAUUUAUAAUCUCUGUAGAUUAUGAAAGGUUGCAAUUAUUUAGUAAUUUACAGAAGUCAUUGCUUGGCUUUUAUUAUGAUUCUUACUUGAGGUCCAAACUAAAAAAAAGUCUGAAUAUGGACUUUUUUUUUAAUUUUGAUUGAAAAAGCACAAAUAUAAACAUAUAAUUGAUUUCAGAAGAAUUACUUUGAUUUGAAUGACAAUCAUGUAUUAAAAUAUUUAAAUAUUUAUAAUUUUUUCCAAAAAUUAAUAAAUAUUCAGU